AUGUGUUCCCUGAGAAGAUUUCGCUGCACAGUCGGCCUCAGAGAUAAAUACGGUAAGGACCGUGUGUUUAACCCGCUGUGUGAGCAAGGCAUUGUGGGUUUUGGGAUCGGCGCAGCCGCCGCAGAGAUUCAGUUUGCUGACUACAUUUACCCAGCGUUUGAUCAGAUGGUGAACGAAGCGGCUGGGUACCGCUACCGCUCGGGGAACAUGUUUGACUGCGGGAGUCUGACGGUCAGAUCUCUCUAUCACUCCCAGAGUCCCGAGGCCUUCUUCACACACUGUCCUGGGAUUAAGAUUGUUGUGCCGAGAGGUACGGUCCAGGUCAAGGGUCUGCUUCUGUCCUGCAUCGCUGAUCAAAACCCCUGCAUCUUCGAGCCCAAAAUCCUGUACAGAGCAGCAGUGAAGCAGGUGCCCACAGAAGCCUAUCAGGUCCCUCUCUCGCAGGCCGAGGUGCUGCAGGAGGGCAGUGACCUCACGCUGGUGGCCUGGGGAACACAGGUGCAUGUGAUGAGGGAAGUGGCUGCCAUGGCACAGGAGAAGCUGGGAGUCUCCUGUGAGCUCAUCGACCUACAGACCAUUCUGCCUUGGGACACAGAGACGGUUUGCAAGUCUGUCUGUCUGUCUGGCUCUCUGUCUGUCAGUCACAGCGCUCCAGUCACGCAGACUCUAGAGCUAAAAGUGUCCCACAGGGCCACUGUCCAAGAGGAGUGUUUCCUCAACUAGGAGGCUCCCAUCAGCAGGGUUUGUGGGUAUGAUACACCCUUCCCUCACAUCUUUGAGCCUUUCUACAUCCCUGACAAGUGGAAGUGCUUCGAGGCGGUCAAGCAUAUGAUUAAAUACUAAAGCAAAGGAGAAACAGAUCGAGAACUCGUCCUCCUCUACAUCACUGAACAAACCUGUCAAUAACACCACC